CCCUCUCCCCCACCGAUCUACCCCUGUCAUUUAUGAGCGACCGGCACGUUAUCUGUUGGCCACUAAACUAACUAGUGUGUUCCUCCAUCCUUGUCAGUGAGAUGGUAUAUCCUUAGAGAAUCCUUGGGUAAACAUAAACAAGAGUGGCAAGGGAGAGCGGGCGGGUGAGGGCGGUGUGGCUGAGCGAGUGAGUGUCCCGUGUGUGCCGCCUCCCGCCUCUGCCUUGCUCACGACCUUUGAGAGACGGACGUGGCAUUUCCCGCCUACUGCUCUUUGCCAUUCCACUCUAGACAGCCUCGCCGCACACACCACCACGGGGGACACUGCUUGGCUGUCUCGCUAAGACCAUGGCAGAGACAGCACAGAUGGGGAUGAAGGAAGAGGAGGAAGAGGAGGAGGAGGAGGAUGAUGAGGACGAGGUAGAUGAGGAGGAGGAGGAGGAGGAGGAAGAAGAGGAAGAGGUGAAGAUAGAAGAGGUGGAGGAGGACAGAGGACGGUGGGGAGGGGCCAAGAGGAGACCACCCCCCAGCCCCUUCCCUCCUCUCCCCUGGCCUGAGCUGGUAUUUUAUUUUGUUUCCUUCUGGGCCGGGUGUCUCUACAGCCUGGCUAGAUUCUACCGCACCUCCCAGCGGUGGGGCCAGUACCUCCCCGUCACCCAGGUCUCGGAGGGAUGGGGUGGGGUGCGGCAGGACCAGACAGACUUAGAGUGGUUUGUGUGGAUCCCCAUCAUGCGUGCCUAUGCUCCCUUUGGCCUGCUCCACGUCCUGUUGGCUCAAAUGGUGCGCAGGUUCUGGCCUCAGUACCUGUGCACAUUCUACAUCACCUUCAGCUUGUGCAUCACACUGGCUCUCAUUGGGCGGGUGGGCACGGCGCUGUGCCUGGCAGUGCCAGUGCUCAUGUUUGUGGUGCUGCUCACUCGUCUCAAGCUGCUGGUGUGGCUAGCCUGGUGCCUCAUUCUCAUCCUCUUCAAUACACAUUUCUUCACUAGCCAGCUGGAGGCAUGGGUGGAGGACACACCUGAAGGGGACUACAAGGUAUCGGUGAUGGUGGCGUGGAUCAUCCUUCGUUCCCUCAGCUUCAGCCUUGAGAUCUGUGACACGGAUCCCUAUGCCCGCCUGCCGCCCGUCCCCCUCCUCACCACCCUCCUCGGUUACUGCCUGUACCUCCCCUUCCUCUGCACAGGUCCCUACAUGCCUUACACGGACUUCAGAGCCGGGCUGUCGGAGCCUUACCGGGUGUGGACUUUGAGGCGAGUGGUGUGGGCGGGGCUCCAGAUUCUCCGCUUCCUGUGGUGGUUGGGCUUCACGCAAUUCCUUCUCUUCCACUUCUAUGCCCACUCCCUCCACUUCAUGCCAGAGUUAGUGAAGAAGAUGAGCUCCUGGUCACUGGCUGGGUUUGUCUACUUCCUCAGUGCCUUCCUGCAACUCAAAUAUGUGGUGCUGUACGGUCUUCCCUCAGUCCUGGCGCGCGUUGAGGGCUACAACCCGCCCCGACACCCUCGCUGCACUCUCAUGACCUACCGUCUCUCAGAUGUGUGGCGCUACUUUGACCAUGGACUCUAUCGCUUCAUGCUCAAACAUAUCUACAUCCCGUGGGUUGGUGCAGACAACAGCUUGGCCCGGCAGCUGCAAGGUACUGCCCUCGUCUUCACCUUCGUCUAUGUGUGGCAUGGAGUCUCAGCGCAGAUCUUCUGGUGGGCAGCCAUCAAUUUCCUGGGAGUGGUGGUGGAGAAGCUGGCUGACCACAUUGCCAGGCUACCACAGUACAGGGCAUGGGAGGACCGUUGGCUGCUAGGGGCGUGGAAGAGGCGGUUCUUUGGGCUGGCGGCGGUGGGGCUGUACGUUCCCUCCCUGGCCGCCCUCACCAUCUUCCUCUCCAACCUUGAGAAUGCCAUCACCGUCACCAACAGGAUAUUUGUGACGGGCUUCCCUCAUUGCACCCUCAGCACCUUCUUCUUCAUGUUCUGCCUGGGCCAGUGUAGCAUGGAGCUGCAGAACUGGAAGAUGAGGCAGAAGGAGCGGCUUAAGGUGUCCUAAGCCGCCAGUGCCAUGAACACGACCAAUACUGCCUCCCACGCUGCCUGCCACUCGCCCCUCCCUGUGCCGAGACCAAGCCUGUUGUUUUUGCAUUGCAGAGGUGGUGGUGGUGGUGGUGGUGGUGGUGGUGGUGGUGGUGGUGGUGGUGGCGGCGGUGGUGGUGACUGCGGCGGCGGCGGCGGCUGCGUGCGGCGGCGGCGGCGGCGGCGGCGGCGGCGGCGGCGGCUGCGGCGGCGAUGGUGGCGACGCGGCAGAGGAAGAGUUGCCAUACCGAGUCUAUUGUGUGUAUGUUCUGUUUUAGAGAGAGAGAGAGAGAGUGUUCCAGUAAUUUUAAGUCGUUUCUGUUCCUCGUUUUAAUCUAUUUUCCACCCUUUUUUCUGUUUCUUUUUCAUUUUUUCUUUUCUUUUUUUUUUGUAGUAGAUACCAAGUGCAAAGAUUUAUAGAUAAUAUAUAUAUUUAGAUAAAAAGAAAAUGUAAAAAAUUAUAUAUAUGUAUGUUUCUAUGUAUGUACGUACGUCACGCAAUGCUGGAAAAUGUUGUAACACACACACACACACACACACACACACACACACACACACACACACACACACACACACACACACACACACACACACACACACACACACACGUACGCACUUUUUUUGCUUUAUACAUGAUCUUAUUAAUUAAGUAAGUAAUAAAAAAAUGUGAUAAAUAAAUAAAUAAAUAUGUCAAAAGAUGUGA